GAUAGUUGGCAGUAUCUGAUGGUCUGUCUAUCUGACUCUAUCUUCCCGUCCAAAUGGUUCCUUCGCAAUUCCCCCAGAUGAUAUAUGUGUUGCACUUUUACUGACUUCAAUCGACGAGCUUCCGCUGCAUUGUCAUAAGGGCUGCUGCUGGUGCUAUACAUAGCGAUCCCACGGUUUUCUCGGAGGUAAUACGCCGUCUACGUCAAUGCACACAGUGCCAGCGGCGAACCGUUCAAUAUUGAACGCGCGGGUAAAAAGUACAAAGGUUCCGUAUGGCACAGGAAUCCCUCGAUCGAAAUGGCGGCGAUCAAUAAACUAACGUGAUAUGACCGACCGUUCAAGCGUCGCAACUUUUCCCGGUCAAGAAAAGCCUCAUAAACCUGUCCCAUGGGACGCCAGGCUGUCCGUGCAUCUUUCCUACCCCACCCUCGCCCGCAAACUCCUUGAGUUUCAACGUUCUCCCGGUCGUUUGCUUGCAAGGGCGUUCGCGGGCCCCGGAAGAAACCGCAGAAUGCACUUCACCUUCACAGCCUAUACCAUUAGCGUCUUAUCGUUCAUUUUCUAUGGCCACUUAACUCUUCCACUCGUUUCUGCAGCUACUCUACCUGGAAAUCAACAUGAUUGUAAUAGUCAUUCUAAACGCCUGCCUUCUGCUACUUGGUAUCAGCCUGAUGACCAUCCUGUUCACCAACUGUUCAAGCGCGGACCUAGCGCCGGAACGGAUGGGGUGCCUUAUGCUCAGGUUGGUUCACCUGCAUGGUCGGCUGCAUACCCACAGUCGACUCCCGAUGCAAACCAACUGCCUGAACUUUGGGUAGAUGCCUUGAACUCAGCGACUGCUCAGGGGAAGAUCCCCGGCUUUGCACCUUCAACGCCUACCGAUGGUAAUCCUGUCUAUCCGGACGGUGUUGACCCAUUGGGAAAUGAUGUUUGUUCUACGACGUACAAGUGUCGUAGUGACCCGGACAAUAUUUACGACGCUCCGGAUGGUGUUAUGGGCAUCAGCUUUGACGAUGGUCCACUACCCUCGUCCUCGACCAAACUCUAUGAGUUCCUCCAGGCUAACAAGCAACGUGCGACGCACUUCUUCAUCGGUGUCAAUAUCUUGCAAAACCCGAACGAGUUCAUGAUGGCGUUCGAAACGUUACAGGAUGACAUUGCCGUGCACACAUGGACGCAUCCCCAUAUGACCACUUUGAGCAACAUGGACGUUUUAGCUCAACUGGGUUGGACGAUGGAGAUCAUCCACAAUUCUACUGGUGGUCGUUUGCCAAAGUACUGGCGACCACCUUUUGGGGAUUCAGAUAACCGAGUGAACGCAAUCGCCAAAGAGGUAUUUGGGUUGAAGACCAUUAUCUGGAACCAAGAUACGGAAGAUUGGAGUCUAAGUACCAACGGAACGACAUCCCAACAAAUCAACGCCUCAAUGACAACAUGGCUUACAGGACCCAAAGUACCCGGGCUUAACAUCCUCGAACACGAGCUCACGGACGACACCGUCCAAAUGUUCAUCGAUGCUUGGCCAGUUAUCAAGGAAAAUGGGUGGAACACUAUUAGUGUUGCUGAAAUGGACGGAGGGGCUCCAUAUCAGAAUUCUCCAAGUUCGUCGGGGAACGUCCAGCCAGCUGCGAAUAUCGUGCGGCCGUUCGUUUCUGUGGCUCAGCCGAGUUCGACCUCUUCUAGCUCGAGUUCGUCUAGCUCUUCGGUGCCGAGCAGUUUAACGAGUGCAACUUCAACUGCGGGGACUACUACUAGUAGCUCGAUAGCGCAGUCUCUGACUGAUACUGUGAUCAGUACGUCGACUGGUCCCAAUCCGAGCAGCAGCACGUCUGCGAGUCAGAGUCAGACGACUUCGUCGGCGUCGAGGGGUACUUACUGGUCGUGGUGUAGCACUCUCGCGAUUGUUGUCCCGUCGCUUUGGGUGCUCUCCUGAGCACCAAGUCUAACUACGACACUUUACGUCCCCUCCUCCUAUUCAAGGCGUGCCUCGCAACGCGAUCUGAAACAUUAAUACUCUGGACAAUCUAUUAUAAUAACGUAACUCGGAAGGUAAAACUUACUUUGGUUCCUUGGGAUUGAUGAUGUCAUGAAUUGGACUUUUAUUAAUGAUGCAACGGAUCUCGACUUCCCAUCUUCUCCUCCUUCUUUUCUUCUCAUGUUUGGAAUGAUGGAAUCCCUCGACGUCGUCGAUCAAUCGCUGUUCAUUCAAUUCUUGUGGUGCGUCCUGAAAUUUUACCUAUAGGAUGUUCAUGAGAAACGACAGGGACUUGACCCC